GGCAGCAGCAAGGGCUGUAGCGGCAACAGCAAGGGCUGUAGCGGCAGCAGUAGGGCAGCAGGGCGCACAGGGCUGCAGGGCAGCAGGGCACACAGGGCUGCAGGGCAGCAGGGCGCGCGGGGCGUGCAGGGCUGCAGGGCGCGCGGGUCGCACAGGGCUGCAGGGCGCGCGGGGCGCACAGGGCAGCAGGGCAGCAGGGCGCACAGGGCUGCAGGGCAGCAGGGCGCGCGGGGCAAACAGGGCAGCAGGGCGCACAGGGCUGCAGGGCAGCAGGGCGCGCGGGGCGCGCAGGGCGCGCAGGGCAGCAGGACAGCAGGCCGCGCAGGGCAGCAGGACAGCAGGGCGCGCAGGGCGUGCAGGGCUGCAGCAGGGCUGCAGGGCGCGCGGGGCGCGCAGGGCAGCAGCAAGGGCUGUAGCGGCAACAGCAAGGGCUGGAGCGGCAGCAGCAGGGCAGCAGGGCGCGCGGGGCGCGCAGGGCUGCAGGGCGCGCAUGGCGCGCAGGGCAGCAGGACAGCAGGGCGAGAGGGGCAAACAGGGCAGCAGGGCGCACAGGGCUGCAGGGCAGCAGGGCGCACAGGGCUGCAGGGCAGCAGGGCGCGCUGGGCGCGCAGGGCUGCAGUGCGCGCAGGGCGCGCAGGGCAGCAGGACAGCAGGGCGCGCAGGGCUGCAGGGCAGCACAGGGCUGCAGAUCCCCUCCCCCCCACCGCUGCACCCUCAGCAGGGGGAUGGAGGAGAAGUGGGGGGGGGGGGGGGGGGGGGGGGGCGGGGGGGGGCUGAUGCUGCAACUCCCCUGCCCUCCACUGCUUCUGCAGAUCCCCUCCCCCCCACUGCUGCACCCGCAGCAGGGGGAUGGAGAGAUCCCCUCCCCCCACUGCUGCACCCGCAGCAGGGGUGGAGGAAAAAAGGGGGGGGCGGUGGGGGCUGGUUCUGCAGAUCCCCUCCUGCCUCCCUCUGA